CGGGUGCGGGAGAAGCUCCGGUUGUAGACCCGCCCGCAGUCGCUUGCCUGCUGCUGAAUGGUUAAAUCGGGUUAGUCGGGCCCAAACUCCUUUACCUUCCACUUUUCCUCCACGGAAAGCCUUGAGAAAGGGUGUUUUUGUAAAGAAACAACCGUAACAAUCCCUUGUUCCGCACACAUCUUGGUUUUUAUUGUCCUUUAUCAGAUCCUCUGGGAGCCUGGUCGGACUCUGCUCUCUACCCUUGUAUCCCGCGUCAGAGUGGAAACAGAACGCCACCCAGAAGUGCACCAUAAGUUUCAUUUCUGCUUGUGGGGAGGUUCACAUUGGUUUCAUCAAUAACAUCUCUGCUCUCUUCCACUAGCUGCCUUCCAGCAUCUGCCAGGGAAACACUGAGGAUUACAAAUUGAGAAAACAUCAAAGGUUUCCUGAAGCUCAACCCACCAGGCCAGAUGUCCACUCUUAACCCAAAACUAUCCAUCAGCCAGCAGAGAACCAUCUGCUCUCGUCUGGGAAGUGUCAAACUGAAGCUGCUCUACAAGGCCAGCGUCCACGGUUUCACUGGAGCAGCUUUCCACCAGCAAUGUGACAACUCGGCUCCCACCGUGUCAGUGGGUUACAAUGCCUCAGGUUACGUGUUUGGAGGCUACACGAGACAACCUUUCUGCCAGUCUGGAGCUUAUGUGAAUGAUGAUCAGGCAUUUCUCUUCACAUUCAGUGGAGCAAAGCUCUGCACUUUUGCAACUUCUAAUGCUGCAUAUGCAGUAAAAAUGAUUAGUAAUUCUGGUCCUUAUUUUGGAGAAGCUUUGUCUCUUGUCAAUCAAAGCCAACCAAUAGUGUACAGCAAGCCAGGAGGUUAUUAUAACUUCACUGCCGGGGAGAUGCAUGGCAACGACCUGAACCUGACUGAUUGUGAAGUCUACCAGGUGGAGGAGACCACUGAACUCGAGAAACCAUGGAGGACUGUAAUCUGGGAAUCUAAGAAGAGGAAUGAGCUGAUGGAGAGCAUUAAAGCCUACAAACCGACUACUAGCUCCGUGUCUCAGGCUCGGGUUUUACUUGUUGGACCGGUUGGAGCCGGAAAGUCCAGCUUUUUUAACUCCAUCAACUCUGUAUUCAGAGGCCACGUCACCAACCAGGCCAUAUCUGGCUCUUCUACCACCAGCCUGACAACACAGUUUCGCAGCUUCACUGUGAAAGCUGGGCGUGAGGGAAAACCUCUGCCAAUCAUCCUGUGUGACACCAUGGGACUGGAGGAAAGUAAAGCGGCGGGGCUUGAUAUAGACGACAUCAGCAGCAUCCUCAAAGGUCAUCUGCCUGAUUAUUACCAGUUCAACCCCUCUGCUCCUCUGCUCUCGGAGGCUCAAUGCUAUCGUAAGUCUCCAGGUCUCAAAGACAAGAUUCACUGUGUGGUUUACGUCAUCGAUGCCUGCAAGAUCUCCAUCAUGCCCCAAAAUCUGGAGGAGAAGCUGGACGCAAGCCGCAGAAAAGUCAACUUGAUGGGGAUUCCUCAGCUGGUGUUGCUCACCAAAAUAGACGAAGCCUGCCCUUUGGUGAAGGAGGAUUUGAGAAAGGUCUACAAAAGUAGCUACAUCAAAGAUCUGAUGCAAGAGGUCAGUACCCGGCUCGGCAUGCCGUUGUCCUGCGUUGUACCAGUGAAGAACUACAGCGAGGAGUUUGAGCUGGACAUGAACUGCGACAUCCUGCUGCUCAGCGCCAUCACACAGAUGCUUCGAUCUGUUGAUAACUACUUUGAUGAGCUCAGUGACCGACUGAGCUGUGUUGAAACUAAAGAUUAGAGAGUCUGUGAUCACGCAUCCCUUAGAAACAUCCUAGAGAAGCAGUUUCAGGAAAAACACAUUGAAUAUUGCAUGUCCACUUGUCAGUAUGUUCAUAUUCAAACAUUGCAUGUCUUCUUUUAACAUAUAAUCAUGUGAUAAAUGUCAAAAUGCUAAUUAUCCAUAUCAUUAUCAUACUGCAGUCAUCAGAACUGAUUACUUUUAUACGACAGUAUGUUGUCAUGCUUUCUGCUCACUCACAGUACUGUAGCUAUUUUUUCCUGCCAAGAAAGUAAAAUUUAACCAGUUUAAAGACAAAAACAGACAAAAAACAAUUACUGCUUUGAUUAGUGCGUCUGUUUCCAGGAUUUCCUUCAUCAUAACUCAUAAAAGCAGACGUUCAAAUUAGGUGUGUCAAAUUAGCGCGGUAAUUGCGAUUAUUUAAUUAGAGCCAUAUGCAGCGCGUUGUUUUUUAAUUGCUUGAUCGAUUUUUUAAAUCUCUAUUUUAACUUUUUCUGUUUGCGAGUUGCCUUUAUUAUGUUUCUGUGGUGGGCUUGUUGUGCUUGAUUGUUAGGGGUGGAAAACCACGGUCAGUCACACUUUGAAGUGGACAUUGGCUGUCCCUGUGUUUGGGCGGGUUUAGCAUGAACUGGUAGCCUCCCAUUGAAGCUGGACGGGGGCGUAGCGGAGAAGAGAGGUGGAAAUGGAGGAGCAUGUGAUAGUUGUCGGCCCAGUGAACAGGGAAUUUACAUUUCUAAAACGGCCCGACGGCACUUUUGAUAAAGGUAGUGUUAUGUGUUAUUUGUGGAAAGGACUUUGCUCACCACCAAAGCAGCUCAAGUUAAGCUACCACGUAAACGCAAAGCACCCGGUCGCGAGCGCAGCCGCAGCUAACGUUAGUAGCAAUGAUGUUACCACAGCAACGCUCUUCCCCAAACUAAACUCGAUGAGAGAACCCCGCGCAUGUCAGCAAGGCUGGCGGAUUUUCUUGCAAAGUGGAUAUAAAUGGCUAGGCCUGCAUCUGUUCUAGUCUGUUAAAAAAUAAGCUUAGAAAACUGUUUUUGACUUCGGAUACACCGGCGGCGACACAAUGGUAUUGUGCGCCUGUUUUCCAAAGGGUAACACUGGGAUGGGGGGGGGGAGAAAAAAAAAUACAUCUUCACACUGAGUAUAUACACAGUAUCAAGGUGCAAAAAAACACCUCAGCAGCACACAGAGCAACAGACAUCACUUGCAUGUGGGUGUGUGGGUGUGGGGGGCGGGGGUGUUUGAGUCCGUCCGUGAACCUUCGCCCAGAGCUGCUCUCAGCCAAAUGUCCUUGAUGUUAUCAGGCGGUCCCACAGGUGUUCGUGGGAGAGGGGGAGGGUUAUUAGUGGGGGCAGAGUCACCUUGUUUACAUUCCACCAGGGAAAUUGUGACCGGAGCGGCCUGCCAAGACCGCUCUGUCAAGGCCAGAUUAUAGAAUCAACAAUUAUAUUGAAAACAGGCAGCCCAGUAAUUUUCCGUCUGCCUUCAGUCUCUGGUUCAUCAAUGGCGACUCCAAUCAGACGAAUUUGUGAUCACUUCCCGCCAACCCGAGCUUCCAACUUCUCCAGGGUGUUAUCAAUCUUGCCCAUGAGCUCGAAGACCGCCGCCAGCCUGCGAUUCUGUUUGAGAAUCGCAUCCAGCUUACGACCCUGCUCCCCAAACGUUAAAGUCAGAGCAUUGAUCGCUUUGCUUGAUCCUUCAGCCGCGUCCAGCAGCUCUGAAAGAGCCAAAACAGCUGUCGAUGACUUACGCGUUUGUCGGUAGACAAGUAAUCCCCCUCCUCUGAUCAGGAGAAAUCCUGCUAUCAUAAAUCCAAUUAUGAAGGCAUCUUCAACAUCCUCGACAGUCAGAAUCUUGAGACACAAAGGCUUCCAGUAUUUCUAGGAAUCCAUUGUGUAUCCAGAAAAAAAUGUCCCAUCGGGGCAAGAGGGCUCCCUUACUCCCUGUCUUCUGGUCGCAAAAAAUUUGGUCAAUUGGGCUGAGAGACCAGUUAAUCAAUUCCAUGAUUGUAGAGUUUCGGAGGAGUGAAAAAGAAGACACUCGGAAGACGAGACAAACAAAGCAGUAGCAGGGCAGGCAGAUAAGGGAGAGAGCAGAAAAAGUGUCUGCCUUCGUCGAGAGCCGGAAGAAGAAAAAGUACUAGUAAAGAAGUAAGGGGAUUACAGCAAAGCCUCCAACUAAAAUCGGAACAUAUCGUUUAGCAUGUUCUGCAUCUCUGGGAACAAUCACUUUGAUAUAAAGUAAACUGUAUGAGAAAUAAAGCUUUUAAAAAAAAUUUGGUUUUGUGGCACAAAUUGCCCCCAGCGCGGGGUAAGUUGUACAAACAAUAAAAGCAAAACAAAUUCAAUACAAAA